AUUAUACUUUCCAUUUUAAUUUGUUCGGUUUUUCAGAAGAAAAAUGGCUUCUGCUGACGUUGCCUGGGCUAUCAUUCGUAACAACUCUGCUUUCAUUCUGAAGAAGAGGAACUGCAACCAGGCCUUUUCUACUGAAGAAUGCAACCUGAGAAACGUCAACUCUCAGAGGUACAAUGGUUUAGUUAACACCAAGGCUGUUGGUGUUACCCCUGGACCCAACAACAAGGGAUUCGUCCUCACCACCAAGAAGGUCAAGGCCGCCAACAGACCCGGCAAGGCCUUGGUCAAGGUCACCAUGAAGGCCGGAUCCAGAAGAUCCCUUCACAAGAUGAAGAACACCCUUGUUAAGCAGAGGUACAGGAAGGAUCUUACCAAGGCUGCUAUGCUCAGAGCUGCUGCCAUCUGCAGGUCCCAGAAGCCCCUGCCCAAGAUGAAGGGACCCAAGGCUGUACCUGCCGCUAAGAAGGAAUAAUAUGUCCCAAACUUUCGGCGCAAAUAUAUUCUUGAAUUUCACAA